AUGGACGGAGAGGCGGACACUGCGCGAACGACUGGCGCUGCGGAAGCUAGUGUGUCCCCCCCGCGGAGUGGGGAAGCGGGCGGGGAAGGCAGCGCAUCAGUAGGAGCGACAGUGAGUUCUGAUGAACAGUACGGUUGCCCAGAAGAAAUUGAUUCUGCCGCGAGCGGAAGACCUGGCGACGGCGCGAUAAUGAGUGAAUCCAUGUCCGCGGAAGAUGGCGCGCGGGCGGAACUCCGCUGCAGCGAAGCGGAGACGGACGAUGGGGAAUGGGGGUCGGCGGAGUGCGCGGAGACACGGAAUCGAGGAAAUGCCGUAGACGGCGCAGAGGGGACGAGCGGGAGUUCGAGUGAGCAAGGCGGAUAUGACGAGUUGAAGGGGACUGGGGGGGCGGAAGCGGACGCAGAAAGCGGCGUGCGCGGAGGCGCGGAAAACGGGGGAAGAGAAAGGGGUGGAGUAGAAACAGGUGGCGGAGGAGAGGAAACGGCAGGGCUAGAGGGUAGAGGCAGUGAAGGAGGUGCUCAGCAUGGGAGCGUGGAUGGUGCCGCCGAUGCCGAUGCUGCUGCUGAUGCUGUUGCCGGUGCUGAUGGUGGUGCUGGUGGUGACGGUUCAACUGACAGUGGUGGUGUCGAAGGCUUGAGUAACGUUGCAAGCACCAAUGUCUCCAGCAGCAGCACCCCCAUGGAGGGGGGUUUCGACCUGGAUCUGACGUACGUGACGGACAGCAUCAUUGCCAUGGGCUUCCCUGCGGGCGACCCUAGCUCCGGCCUGCUGGGCUUCGUGGAGGGCCUGUACCGCAACCACAUGGAUGAUGUGAUGCGGUUCCUGGAGUCGCGGCACAGCGGGCGCUACAAGGUCUACAACCUCUGCUCCGAACGCCUCUACGACCCUGACCGCUUCCACGGCACCGUGGCGUGCUUCCCCUUUGAUGACGGCACGUGCCCGCCCCUCGCCCUCACGCUCGCUCUCUGUGAGAGCGCCAAGGGGUGGCUCGCAGGAGGUGGGAAAAGGGGGCCUGGGAGCAGCACAGGGGCAGCUGCAGGUGGGGAGGCCACACAAGCAGGGCAAGCAGGGCAGGCAGGUGGCAUCAGCAGCAGCAGCAGCAGCAGCGGCGAUGGCAGCAUGAGCAGCGGCGGAGGCAAUGUGGUGGUGGUGCAUUGCAAGGCGGGCAUGGGGCGCACAGGCCUUGUCGUGGCAUGCCUGCUGCUUGCUCUCAAGGUGUGCAGCACAGCACAGGAGGCCGUAGCGCUGUUCCGAGACAAGAGGAGUGUGGAUGGCAAGGCGCUCACCUCGCCCAGCCAACAGCGCCACGUGGCAUACUAUGAAGCCAUCCUGCGUGCCACCUCUGCCCCAGUUCCCUCACUGGCCCCCCAACGCCCCCUAGUGCUGAGGGGAAUUCGCCUGCACCGCUGCCCCUACUGGAUCCGACCAUUCAUCACCGUCUCCUCCCCCUCAGGUGCUCCUUGCUCCCUGCCCGCCUCGCACCUCACCACCUCACACCUCACCACCUCGCCUCUCAUCACAAUCACAACCUCGAGUCAUCUUUUCCUCUCGCACUCAUCCCAGAACGUCCCAUCUGUCGGCGGAGCAAGCAUGGCAUGCGUCGCAGAAGCAGGGAGUGGUGCUGUUUGCCUUGCCGGGAGAGCGCUACAUCUGUGCACUCAAGGACGACUUCUGCAUCACCUUCCACGACUCCUAUGGGAACUUUUCCUGCUGGCUGCACACCAGCUUCACACAGUCGCACCACAUGCUCAAGACCACGGACCUGGACGGAUUCGACAAG